AUGGCCGACACGCUAAGUACACCGGGUGGUAUCUCGGAUCCCGCCCUCAUCAAACUCGUCAACAGGCUACAAGAUGUUUUCUCCACCGUUGGUGUCAACAACCCGAUCGAUUUACCGCAAAUAGUCGUCGUCGGAAGUCAGUCUAGCGGUAAGAGUUCCGUGCUCGAGAACAUCGUCGGCCGAGACUUCUUACCUCGAGGAUCCGGUAUCGUAACGCGGCGACCUCUUAUCCUACAACUUAUCAACCGACCUGCGACGCAUACAAAUGGAGUCUCGGAAGAAGUCUCGAAUUCUACCGACAAGGCGGCCAACGCAGACGAGUGGGGCGAGUUCUUGCACAUCCCGGGACAGAAGUUCUACGAUUUUAACAAAAUUCGGGACGAGAUCAGCAGGGAGACGGAAGCAAAGGUCGGUCGAAAUGCCGGUAUCUCGCCCGCACCGAUUAACCUCCGAGUCUACUCCCCGAACGUCCUGACCCUAACAUUGGUCGAUUUGCCCGGUCUGACGAAAGUGCCCGUGGGUGACCAACCAAGGGAUAUCGAGCGACAAAUCAAAGACAUGGUCCUCAAAUAUAUCCAAAAGUCGAAUGCCAUUAUCCUAGCUGUCACCGCUGCCAACAUUGAUUUGGCUAACUCCGAUGGUCUCAAACUUGCGAGAGAAGUUGAUCCGGAAGGACAACGAACAAUUGGUGUUUUGACAAAGGUAGAUCUUAUGGACGAGGGUACGGAUGUAGUUGAUAUUCUUGCUGGACGUAUUAUUCCGUUGCGUCUCGGAUACGUCCCAGUUGUGAACAGAGGACAACGGGAUAUUGACAACAAGAAGCCGAUUUCCGCGUCCCUCGAAUCUGAGAAGAACUACUUCGAAAACCACAGGGCGUACAAAAACAAGAGCACAUACUGCGGUACACCAUACUUGGCGAGGAAGUUGAAUCUGAUUUUGAUGAUGCACAUUAAACAAACGCUACCCGAUAUCAAAGCGAGAAUUGCUAGCUCGCUACAGAAAUACUCCGCUGAGCUUGACAGUCUAGGUCCUUCAAUGUUGGGUAACAGCGCAAAUAUUGUUUUGAACAUCAUCACAGAAUUUGCGAAUGAAUGGCAAACCGUUUUGGACGGCCGACACGGCGAGUUAUCUAGUAUAGAACUAUCUGGUGGUGCCCGUAUCAGCUUUGUGUUCCACGAACUGUACUCCAACGGUGUCAAAGCGGUCGAUCCAUUCGAUGUUGUGAAAGAUGCUGAUAUCAGAACGAUAUUGGUCAACUCCUCCGGUCCUUCUCCGGCGCUUUUCGUCGGAACCACUGCUUUCGAAGUAAUCGUUAAGCAACAAAUUAAGCGACUAGAAGAGCCUAGUCUCAAGUGUGUUUCGCUCGUAUACGACGAGUUAGUGCGAGUCUUAACACAACUCCUAUCCAAAGCACUCUACAGGCGGUACCCGCAACUGAAGGAGAAGUUCCACAACGUGGUUAUCGCUUUCUUCAAGAAGUCUAUGGAGCCUACCAAUAAGCUCGUUAAGGAUCUUGUUUCCAUGGAAGCUUGCUACAUUAACACGGCCCAUCCCGACUUCCUCAACGGUCACCGCGCUAUGGCUAUAGUGAACGAGCGGUAUAAUGCUGCUAAGCCCGUUCAGGUUGACCCUAAGACAGGAAAGCCUAUGCCUGCGCCAACAACUCCGGCCCGUGCUGCUAGCCCGUCAUUGGAUAGCAACCUGGACAGCAACACGGGCUUCUUCGGAAGUUUCUUCGCCGCCAAGAACAAGAAGAAGGCCGCUGCUAUGGAUGCUCCUCCUCCCACCCUUAAAGCUUCCGGGGCUCUAUCAGAGAGAGAGAAUGUUGAGGUUGAAGUUAUCAAGCUACUAAUUUCCUCCUACUUCAACAUCGUUAAGAGAACGAUGAUCGACAUGGUCCCAAAGGCUAUCAUGCUAAACCUUGUCCAAUUUACAAAGGAUGAGAUGCAAAAAGAGCUCUUGGAGAACAUGUACCGAAACGAGACCUUCGACGACCUACUAAAGGAGAGCGACUACACUAUUCGCCGACGGAAGGAAUGCCAGCAGAUGGUCGAGUCAUUGGGUAAGGCCAACGAGAUUGUCAGCCAAGUGCAGUAA